UAUCCGCCAUUGUCUCCCCUUCUUCUUCUCCUCCUCCUUCUCCUUUUGAAUUCCUCUCCUUCUUCUCUCUCUCUAUCCAGAAGCAAGAAAGAGAGAGAUAGAGUGAGAGGAGGGGUUGAUUAUGAUCGUGAUUUGUUUGGAUUUGAUGGAGUUCUUGCUCUAGUUGGUCGGAUUCCUGCUUCUCUGGACUGUGUACGGGAAUGGAUAGAGCUGCUGGUGAGAAUCGUGGGGGCUUAUUGAGAUCUAGUGGUUUUCAAGGGACUGGAAUGGAUAGAGCUGCUGGUGAGAAUUGUGGGGGCUUGUUUAGAUCUAGUGGUUUUCAAGGUCUUCCAAUGGAGGGUGUGAAGUUUGGGUCGGAAACGCAGAACAACAUCGGUGGUAACCGGAGAGCAUUGAGAGAUAUCAAGAACUUAAUAGGCGCACCACCUUAUCCUUGUGCUAUAAACAAGAAUAAGGUUGCGGUGGAUGAUAAUAAGAACUCAAACUUAAAUGUUGGUGGUGUUGCCCGCCGGCCGAUGACAAGAAUGUUUGUUGCUUCAUUGGCA